ACUUUGUUUUUUCACUCCCCAAUGAAGGUGAUACCCACGUUUUUGGCAUAAUUAUUGAAAUAUUGAAGACAUUGAAGGGAUCAUAUUUGAGCAUAAUCUAUGUGAUUGGUCUUCUUCAAGCAACAAAAACAACAUUAGGGACUCCAUUAGUAAUUGCAUUGUUGAUCUACAAAUGGAGAAGGAGACAUUUAUCGGCUUAUGACAAAGUUGAAGAAUUCCUACAGAAACACAACAACCUUAUGCCAAUAAGGUAUUCUUACUCGGAGAUCAAGAAGAUGACUGGAGGCUUUAAAGACACAUUAGGAAAAGGAGGCUUUGGGGCAGUGUAUAAAGGAAAGCUUCGUAGUGGUAAAUUUGCUGCUAUAAAGAUGCUAGUGAAUUCAAAAGGUAACGGAGAGGAUUUCAUCAGCGAAGUUGCAACUAUUGGAAGAAUUCACCAUGUUAAUGUGGAGCAACUCAUUGGUUUUUGUGUGGAGGGAACCAAGCGUGCUCUCGUCUAUGAAUUCAUGCCAAAUGGGUCUCUUGAUAAAUACGUACUUUCUCAAGAAGGGUCGGCAUCAACAAUGACUUGGGAGAAAUUACGCCAGAUAUCCCUAGGGGUGGCUCGUGGCAUCGAGUACUUACAUCAAGGUUGCAACAUGCAAAUACUUCAUUUCGAUAUCAAGCCCCAUAACAUUCUUCUUGAUGAAAAUUUCACCCCAAAGGUCUCCGACUUCGGACUUGCAAGAUUGUACUCAACAGACAACAACAGGAUAGCAACCUUGACUGCAGUUAGAGGAACAAUCGGAUACAUGGCACCAGAGCUGUUCUAUAAGAACAUAGGACGGGUAUCCCACAUUCGACUGCAAAUAUCGAAGCCCUACAACAAUAAUCUGUACUGUCCCUUCUCCGUAUUUGGUUUACACGUUUGUCUUCUAAGUUCGGUCAUGAAGGGUGUUACCCAGAUGUUGGUUCAAACACUACCUUCUCUACGGCUCUAACCACCGUGGUGUCUCCUCCUUUUAUCUUAUCGGUUCUUCUACCAAUACCACCCCAAGUGGUGCAUUGAGAUGAACCCUAAUAACCGGCCUUCCAUGAACAAAGUGGUGGACAUGCUUGUUGGAGAUACUGAUAGCCUGCAGUUGCCUCCCAGAGCUGUUACAGAAGCUAUAGAAACACCGGUCAGCGAUGGAACAGAGACAUCAUUUGAUUAUUCCUCAGAUUCUGCCAGUUUGAUCCGGAGUUUUAACCAAGAACACUUCUCAAGUUAGUGCCAGAACUUGAACUGUGGAAACAAUCAUAUGUUAUAUAUGUGCACUCCAAUUUCCAAUUUUCAAUAAAGAGAUUUUUGAAUG